AUGCAUAGCUGCUUGCUUCGCCCCAGUGAGCCGCCCAAGCUUCGGCGCAGCGGGCGUAAGCCCACAACUCGUCACAAGAGGAACGACAAGAAUGGCGGUGAUAGGCAUUAUGACAAAAAUGCAGCUGCCGUCGUGGCGAGUCGCGGAGGCCGUCAGCAACUCAUCGCAAAGCCGCCGUGGUGGCGCCGCUCCGUGCGAUACCCCCGGUGUACGAGCAUCAGCAGCAGCACCGCCGCCUCCUCGUCUGCCGGUCUUCACUUGUUCUCGACCUUCUUUGUCACCCCGUCGGAGUUUGCCCAGACGCUCCGCGCGUGGGCACAGUCCAUCGAGCGGCGGCGGCGGCGGCGGAGUCGCCAGCAACGCGGCUCCCCGGCGGAAGAAAGAAUUCACACUGGGCCCAUCACCAUUACUACUACCGCCACUGUUCCGGGCGCAAGUGGUGAGGAUGUUGGUGGGCGACAGCAGCAGCGGCAGCCUGACGAGGUGGGGGAGAGGCUUGCGGAGGCGCUCGGCAUGGCGCGUCUGAUGUGUGCCUCCGUGCAGCGGUCGGCUGCCGCGUGCGUGGAUGCGCGCGCGACGGGGCACGUGCUUGUCAAGCAGUGCCGCUGCCUCGUGGAAUGGGUCUGCCCGAUGCUUCCUUACACAAUGGUCCACGGCCGCCGUGCCUCGUGCUAG